CCCGCCCGCCGGUCAGCGCCCCAGGCCUGGUGUCCGCGGCCGCCCCCGGACCGCCUGGUCUCCACCCGGGUGUCCACCACGAGAGGUGAAGCCUAACAGAGAUGGGACCUGGGGCCUCGGACCAGAGCGUGUGUACUUCUCCGUCAGAUAAUGAAACAUGACUGAGGAUUCUCAGAGAAACUUUCGUUCAGUAUAUUAUGAGAAAGUGGGGUUUCGUGGAGUUGAAGAAAAGAAAUCAUUAGAAAUUCUCCUAAAAGAUGACCGUUUGGAUAUCGAGAAACUUUGUACUUUUAGUCAAAGGUUCCCUCUCCCAUCCAUGUACCGUGCCUUGGUAUGGAAGGUGCUUCUAGGGAUCCUGCCUCCACACCAUGAGUCCCAUGCCCAGGUGAUGAUGUAUCGUAAGGGGCAGUACUCAGACAUCCUUCAUGCCCUGAAAGUCGUUCGCUUUGUCAGUGAUGCCACACCUCAGGUUGAAGUCUAUCUCCGCAUGUAUCAGCUGGAGUCUGGAAAGUUGCCUCGAAGUCCCUCCUUCCCACUGAAGCCAGAAGAUGAAGUGUUUCUUGCCAUUGCUAAGGCCAUGGAAGAGAUGGUGGAAGACAGUGUCGACUGUUACUGGAUCACCCGAUGCUUUGUGAACCAGCUAACCAACAAGUACCGGGACUCCUUACCCCAGCUGCCAAAGGCUUUUGAACUGUACUUGAAUCUGGAGGAUAGCCGGCUGCUGAGUCACCUGAAGGUGUGUUCUGCAAUGUCCAGACUGCCUUAUGAUCUCUGGUUCAAGAGGUGCUUCGCAGGGUGCUUGCCCGAGUCCAGUUUACAGAGGGUUUGGGAUAAAGUUGUAAGUGGAUCCUGUAAGAUCCUAGUUUUUGUAGCAGUGGAAAUUUUAUUGACCUUUAAAAUAAAAGUCAUGGCACUGAACAAUUCAGAGAAGAUAACAAAGUUUCUGGAAAAUAUUCCCCAGGACAGCUCGGAUGCGAUUGUGAGCAAGGCCAUUGACUUGUGGCACAAACACUGCGGGACCCCAGUACAUUCAGCCUGAACGCUGUGGACAGUCUGCCAGACCCGCCCUGAAUAUUCUGUGUGGGGACUGAUCUACUGAACUGACCGAAAACAGGGUUCUUGCUUUGAUGCUCAAAGUGUAAUUUCUUUCCAAAUUAUUGAAAUACCUGGCCUUCCUGUGUUGUGGAGCAGCAUCUUUGGGUUACACAGAGGUACAGAGUUUCACUCUGAAUACAAUAUAGAGUGUUGGGGUUUCUAAAUCAGUUCAGUCCCUGGGUGGGGAGGAAGGGAGGGGGUAGGUGCUUUAACAAGCAGUUCGUGGCCACGCCCUGCCCCUCUUCUCUCUAAUUAGCACCAAGCCAGUGACUUGCUAGGUCUAUUUCUGGAAUAAAGAAUAACUUCCUCUUGUUGACAACUCAGAUUUGGCUUUUGUUGAGGCAGUACUUGUUUAAAUCUAAACUGACUGCUUUCUGAGGCUUUGUUUUGCUAAAUAGGUUUAAAUAAAGGACUUGUAUUUUUUUUUC